UCUUUUAAGGGGGUUUCUCAGCUGAUAAAAUAAGAGGAUUAAAAAAGAGAGUUUCAGUUCGUUCAAUCACUCUGAUUGAAAGCUCUCCCCUGUCAAAUAAAAUCACUCUCUUUCUUCUUCCUCUUCCUCCUCCUCCUCCACCCUUCUGCAUUAAACCCACAAGAAAAAUCCCAAAUCAGAAAGAAAAAAAAAACCAUAAAAGUUGAGAAAUUUAUUUCAAAACCAAAAGCAGAAGUGACCCCUGUCCAAAAACCCUUUUGCCCACGGUUUUCAAGUUUGAUGGAUCUGCAGAUCUAACGCGUAAACACCCACAUGUAUUGCUCUGUUUCAUUUAGAUCUCCGUCGUUUUCACCAGCCAAGGUUCAGUAGCUGACAUCAAAACUGCCUAAUUUUGCACUGAGAGGAGGCCGGUGUGGUGGGGUCCUUGGUUGUGAGAGGGAUUGCAUCCAUUUUGGAUGUGGAAGCAUUGGAGGCUGGCCCAGGUGAAAUGAGGGAUGUUAUCAAGGUUGAUGAACAUUCUGAGGGGCUGCUGGCUGCCUUCCUCGGACCGGUAUGGACACUCAGGUUCGGAUGCAGCUGGCAGACAAGAAGGGCUACUUUGGUACAAAGACACUGGGCAGCACAUGAAUGGUGAAUUUUCAAUGGCUGUUGUGCAGGCCAACAAUUUGCUUGAGGAUCAAAGCCAGGUUGAGUCUGGUCCCUUGAGCUCGCUCGAGUCUGGCCCGCAUGGCACCUUUUUCGGAAUAUAUGAUGGUCAUGGUGGUCCUGAGACCUCCCGAUACAUCAAUGAUCACCUAUUCCAGCAUCUAAAACGGUUCACUUCAGAGCAACAGUCCAUGUCAGUAGACGUGAUACGUAAAGCAUAUCAAGCAACAGAAGAGGGAUUCCUCUCUGUUGUUACCAAACAAUGGCCUAUGAAACCCCAAAUUGCAGCUGUUGGAUCUUGUUGCCUUGCUGGUGUGAUUUGCGGUGGCACCCUUUACAUUGCCAACGUUGGUGACUCCCGUGCUGUGCUGGGGAGAGUUAUGAAGGCUACAGGGGAGGUUCGUGCCAUCCAGUUGUCAUCAGAGCACAAUGUGGCCAUAGAAUCUGUCCGACAGGAGAUGCAUUCUUUGCACCCUGAUGACUCACAUAUUGUAGUUUUAAAGCAUAACGUAUGGCGCGUGAAGGGCUUGAUACAGGUUUCUAGAUCUAUUGGUGAUGUAUAUCUUAAAAAGGCUGAAUUUAACAGGGCGCCUUUGUAUACUAAGUUUCGGUUGCGAGAACCUUUUAAAAGGCCAAUUUUAAGCUCUGAACCAUCGAUCUCUGUGCAUGAACUUCAACCACAUGAUCAGUUUCUCAUACUUGCUUCCGAUGGGCUGUGGGAGCACCUUACCAACCAGGAGGCAGUUGAUAUUGUUCAAAAUCACCCACGCAGCGGAAGUGCUCGGAGGCUUGUGAAAACUGCCUUGCAGGAAGCAGCUAAGAAAAGAGAAAUGAGAUACUCAGACUUGAAGAAAAUAGAGCGUGGUGUCCGCCGGCAUUUCCACGACGACAUAACAGUCAUAGUUUUAUUCCUUGACUCGAACCUUGUGAGCAGAGCCAGCUCAAUGAGAGGCCCUACUUUGUCCGUGAGAGGAACCGGUGUUCAUAUACCAUCAAAAACUCUUGCCCCAUGUUCCACACCCAUGGAUACCUGAUGGGAGCCAGCUCAUGAAAUAUUGUAUCUAUUGUUGUGUCCCUCUGAGAACUCCGGUGAACCGUCAGCUUGUACAUCCGAGAGAGAGAGGUAAGAGAAGGUCCAGUCAUUUUUUUUCACUGUACAAUGUAACAAUUAACUUGAAUAUGUAAUUUAUUUUUAGUUUAUGAGAUAUUCAGCAGAGGUAUAAAAUGAAAGAACCAAAAGAUGUAGAGCUACAAAGGUGACAGACACAUAAAGAUUCUUUCUUGAGGACAUAA